AUGCCGCCCAUCCUGCCAGAGGACAACACGCUGUGGUGGUGUGACCCGAGCACCGAGUACGCGUUUGUCGGCUUCAGUUACGAAGUCACGGAUUGUCAGAGCUCGGAGGAGCUGCACCGAGAAUUCGCCGACAUCCGGUACCACUUCCAUUCACGCUAUGUGCGGCUGUACGGGGCUUGUGAUCGCGAGGGGUUCUACGAUGACAUCGUCGAGGCCGCGUGGGACAACGGGCUCGGGGUGCAUGCGCUCAUCUGGUUCGGCUUCACAGGCGGCGACAUCUGGAUGACGCGGCGGGACGCGCUCUUCGGCGCGCUGCACGCGAACCCGAAAGCCAAGUUCGUGACGCGGGUGGUGCAGUUUGGCUCGGAGCCGCUGUUCGACGACGUCCUCCCGCACGCGGAGCUCGCUGCGCAGGUCGAGCUGGCCAAGGCGAACCUCUCUGAUCUGAACAUCCCGGUGACCGUGAGCGAGCUCGCAUAUGGGUACGAGGAGCGCGGGGGCGCGCAGGACGUGCUGGACGCGAUCGACUCGAUCAACAUCCACAUGUUGCCCUUCUUCGAUCAGAACGCGACCACAGCCAAUCAGUCGUGGCCCAUCGUCCUGGAAAACCUCGCCUUUUUCGUCGAGCAUGGAAACGGGAAGAAGAUGUACUUUGACGAGAACGGGUGGCCCUCGGUCACGUCGCCCGACGUACAGCCGAACAGCCCAUACGCGGUAUCGAACAUCCCAAACGAGCAGGCCUAUUUCGAGCUGCUCGAUUCCAAGUGCGAGUACCUCAAGGCGGUCGGGGGCGGCGGGAUCGGGUGGUUCGCGCACAUCUAUUCGGAUAACAUGGAGCCUGGGUACGGUAUCUACGACUCGUCGGGAUACUUGAAGUUUCCCUUUCACCCUCGGACGAAUUGCUAG